CGGUACAGUAUCUUGUUUAUAACCUCGAGUGCAGCGCCCCAAUCGAUUGGUUCUGCGCGGCGUUGCCUUGCUAUUGCUGACUCGCUGUUUGAUGUUGAGAGUGAGCGCGCAGACUUGGUGCUGUUGCUGCUGCUGCAGUCAAACGUUGACACAGAGGGAGCCGGAGUUGGGCUAACGUGAACAUGGAGUAUUGCGACCGCUUUUUAUCUGCUUGCCGGGAGAUUUAAUAAAAAAAAGUAAUCAGCCAGCCGCAGGCACUUGAGAUCCGUAUCAAUCCUACUGUGUGAUUAAAUAAAGGGAUACUAUUUCUCUGCGUCUACUACGACCGAAUAUUGCUUUCUGUCUGGUACUGGUAGUACCCGAGUACGAUUUUUCUGUGACUCAUCAUCCUAUCUAUUGCUUGCCUUGAUCCUUCUGCAACAGAGAGAAUGAUUGACGAGGGUGGAAAAAGAGGCAAGACCAUGGCGGAGAAGAGGCAGCUUUUCAUGGAGAUGAGGGCUCAAAAUUUUGAUGUCAUCAGGCUUUCAACAUAUCGGACGGCAUGCAAACUAAGAUUUAUUCAAAAGAGAUGUAACCUCCAUCUUGUCGAUGUUUGGAACAUGAUAGAAGCCUUUCGAGAUAAUGGCCUCAACACACUGGACCACAACACGGAAAUCAACGUGUCUCGACUGGAAACCAUUAUCUCUUCCAUUUACUACCAGCUUAACAAACGACUUCCGACCACACAUCAGAUCAACGUGGAUCAAUCUAUCAGUCUUCUGCUUAACUUCAUGAUAGCUGCUUAUGACAGUGAGGGCCAAGGGAAAUUGACAGUGUUUUCUGUAAAAUCUAUGUUGUCUACAAUGUGUGGUGGAAAAAUAGUGGAUAAACUACGGUACAUAUUUUCUCAGAUUUCAGACUCUAAUGGUAUGAUGAUGUAUACAAAGUUUGAUCAGUUUUUGCGAGAAAUAUUAAAGCUCCCGACAGCUGUGUUUGAAGGCCCUUCUUUUGGAUACACAGAUCAUUCAGUUCGAACGUGCUUUCCACAACAGAAAAAGAUUGUGCUGAAUGUGUUUUUAGAUGCAUUAAUGGCUGACCCACCUCCGCAGUGUCUGGUCUGGCUACCUCUCAUGCAUCGACUGGCCAAUGUGGAGAAUGUCUUCCAUCCUGUGGAAUGUUCAUAUUGUCGUAAUGAAAGCAUGAUGGGAUUUAGGUACCGAUGCCAACAAUGCCACAGUUACCAGCUCUGCCAGAACUGCUUUUGGCGAGGUCAUGCCAGCGGCACCCACAGCAACCAACAUCAGAUGAAGGAACAUUCUUCUUGGAAAUCACCUGCAAAGAAGCUGAGCCAUGCGAUAAGCAAGUCUCUUGGAUGUGUUCCAAGCAGAGAACCCUCUCAUCCUAUGUUCCCUGAACAGCCAGAAAAACCUCUUGACUUAGCGCACAUAGUCCCUUCAAGACCUUUGCCUAAUAAUAUGAACGACACCGUGGUAAUGUCUUCCGGGGCACCUACCCCAACAAAAAGGUUGCAGCACAGCCUGGAUAUGGCCAAUCGGUUGGCUGAUGAACAUGCGUUGAUAGCCGUUUACGUGAGCCGGCUACAGAAUGGCACACGUGUUUUAGAAAGCCCAAGCAGAUUAGAUGAAGAACACAGACUCAUUGCCAGGUAUGCAGCUAGACUGGCAGCAGAAGCUGGAAAUUCUACUCAACGGCCUCCAACAGACUUGGGGUUUAACUUUGAUGUCAAUAAGCAACAGCGACAGCUUAUUGUAGAACUCGAAAACAAAAACAGAGAGAUCCUGCAAGAAAUCCAGCGCCUGAGACUGGAGCAUGAGCAAGCCUCCCAGCCCACGCCGGAGAAAGCCCAGCAGAAUCCCACACUGCUUGCUGAGCUGCGACUCCUCAGGCAGAGGAAGGACGAACUGGAGCAGAGAAUGUCGGCACUGCAGGAGAGCCGGCGAGAGCUGAUGGUGCAGCUCGAAGGACUAAUGAAGCUGCUUAAGGACGAAGAACAAAAGCAGGCAGCUCAAGCGGCAGGCUCUCCUCGUUCCUCCCCCAGUCACGGUGCUAGUCGCCCAAUGCCAAUGCCAGUCCGCUCCACAUCAGCUGGCUCCACCCCCACACACACCCCUCAGGACUCGCUGGCAGGAGUGGGGGGCGAUGUGCAGGAAGCCUUCGCGCAGGGAGGCCGGAGGAACCUUCGCAAUGACUUGUUAGUGGCAGCUGAUUCUAUCACAAACACCAUGUCCUCCUUGGUGAAAGAACUUCAUUCAGAUGAAGGUGGUGAAGAUGAGGAGGAUGGGAAGAUGCAGAAUGGAAAAGACCGAGGUUAAGUGAGAAGAAACAAAACUAAACAAUCCAAGCACAGUGACCUGUACAAAGCAACCAAUCACAUUGCAGACGUACCCUCAUCCUUGUGGACAGGCACACCAUUCAAUCAGUGAAGACACUGUCAUGUGGCUGAAAGAACGGAAACAGCUGACAGCUGAAGAAAUUUGUCUGUUUUGUCAGUUGAAGGGCUGUCACGCAAAGACGUUUUCCUUUCAAUAGCAGUUACACAUGUAGUAUUUUUACAUUUCCUCAUUAAAAUGUACACUUGAGGCCUGAUUUUCAAAGCUGAGUACUUAGAUUUAAUAAAGCUCCAUUAAUGAAGCUCUGGAAAUACUUCAACAAUUUAACUGAACUAAACAAAGGAUUACAUGCAUUUUGAAAUACAAAUGCCAAUCAGAUUCAUACUAAAUUGAUUAGAGUAAAUUUAUUGAAAGUUCCCUUUUUGAAAAUCAGACCCUCAGUAUGUAUAGACUUCACUUACUACUGAAGCAGUAGUAGGCUUCUGCUGUCUUUUCCUAUUAUUGCUGUACUGAUCUGUGGCCCUUUUGCUAUGAGUAAAUGGUUUUGAGUUUUUAAUUUGGUGUUGCCAAAAUUAUAGAUAGCAUUGAAGAGUACACUGAAGAUGCACUAAGGAUCUAUGCACAAAUGUACAAAUCAAUAUUAGAAUUAAUUCCAAGCAAAAUGAAAGAAAUCUGUACAUUUGCAUGAAGCUACACCAUAACUGAUGGGAUGCAAUUGAAGUUCCAGAGGGGUUCCUACUGUACCUGUUGUUUUAAUUUCAUGACCGCGGUUUAGUCUGGUUGUUAUCUCACUAGCCGAAGAAUUAGGAUCGUCACCCUGUAGUCAGGUUUGAAAAUCUGUCUUUUUAAAAAAGAUGUCUCUCAAUCUUAACUUGUGUGUUUCUGCACUGGAUAAUAUUGGAUUAUCGUCCAUGAUUGUUCUAAGUUUUAAUUGGAUUAUAAAUAUUGUGGUUAAAAUAAGCUUUCUUUGUAAUCUAACUCUUUCCACAAAGGUAUAGAAGUAGUUUUGAAUGCUUGAAAACAGUAAAAUAAAAAAAAAGCUCACCAAAAAUAUUUAUUUAUCAUUCUGCAGGAAAAAAA